UCUACCAUUGUGGUCCAUCCUAAGUCCUAACCGAGGGAAGCCCUCAAGCCCAUAUAAGACACACGAAUUUUGGCGAUAGAAUAAUUGAAAGGAAGAGACACGAAAGUGAAGCCAGACAUGGAUUGGACUAAGAGCACAAGAACCUUUGAUCCUCUAGCAGAGUCUUCCUUAAGCUUCCUCUACAACUAUAACAACAACCCAUAUCCAGGAAUGGAAGUGAAACAACAGGCAUUGGCCGAGACAUCACAAAUGUUGCACCCCACAAUGGACAAAAUGAACCGUGGAAACCGGGAGAAGAAGAAGCGGUUAACAAGUAACCAGAGUGAGUUACUGGAAAGGAGUUUCCAGGAGGAUAUAAAGUUGGACCCUGAAAAGAAGAUGAAGCUUUCAAGGGAUCUAGGGCUCCACCCUCGCCAGAUUGCUGUUUGGUUCCAAAAUAGACGUACAAGGUGGAAGACCAAGCAGCUUGAACACUUGUACGAUGUUCUUAAACAGGAAUUUUGCCUCAUCUCGAAAGAAAACCAAAAGCUUCAAGAAGAGGUUAUAAAUUUGAAGGCAAGGCUCGGAGAGCAAGCUUUUAGGACGCAAACAUUUGCUGGUUACACAGAAAUCUCUGCGGAAGAAACAGUAGAAAGCACGUCAGAGGCGCUACGUGGUUCCAACAAGCCACAGGAAACGAGUAACUUUGAGAAGGUUGAAGAGGGUUACUGUUCUUUUACUGUGGAGGAUUAUAACACUGUCUCACUGCCUCUCUGCCACUGGUCAAUUGUGCCUCAUUAUCCCUAAUCUACAAUGGGUUUAGGGAUUUAGGGAUAGCCCUUUAGGAACUGGCAUUAAGAUCCACGCAGACCUGUCUGGAUGUUAAUUAGGACUCAUAAAAAACAGCUAUUCGGCGACGUGCAUUAGGUAGUUGGUAGUUUCCAUUAAGUUGCAGAGUGUGUUAUUUCUUACUACUUUUAGAUAAGAAAACAAUGAUUGCACACUAUAUAUUUUACAAUUUUC